AGCCAAUUGGUUAAGGAAUUGAGCUCGCGCGCUCUGAUUGGCUAGGAGGAAAGACGGACCACCUUCAGCGAGCUCGCACUCUGGAAUGGAGGAAUAUAGGCUCUGCUCCGGGUCUGGUGCGGGAAAGGCUGUAGUAGCUGCAGGAUCCCUGGAGCCAUGAGGCCAGGAGUGCUGGUGGUGUCAGCUCCAGGGAAAAUCAUCCUCCAUGGGGAACACGCCGUGGUCCAUGGCAAGGUCGCACUGGCAGCGGCUUUGAACUUGAGAACAUUCCUCAAGCUUCAACCCCUCAGCGAUGGGAAAGUGACCCUGAACUUAGCAAACAUUGGUAUCAAGCAGACCUGGGAUGUGGCUAACCUUCAGCUGCUGGACACAAGCUUUCUGGAGCAAGGUGACGUGCCAGCACCCACCACAGAGCAAGUGGAGAAGCUGAAGGAAGUGGCAGGCAUCCCCAAGAACUGCGCCAGCCCCGAGCACCUGGCCCUGACGGCCUUCCUGUACUUAUACCUGACCAUCUGCCAGAAGCGGGGGGCCCUGCUGAGCCUGGACAUCACCGUGUGGUCGGAGCUGCCCCCUGGGGCGGGCUUGGGCUCCAGCGCCGCCUACUCUGUGUGCCUGGCAGCCGCCCUCCUGACAGCAUCUGAAGGCAUCUCUAAUCCGCUCAAGGAUGGGGACAGUGUCAGCAGGUGGCCCGAGGAGGAUUUGGAGGUAAUUAACCAGUGGGCCUUCCGUGGAGAGCGGGUGAUCCACGGGAACCCCUCCGGUGUGGACAAUGCCAUCAGCACCUGGGGAGGAGCCCUCAGAUACCAGCAAGGGAAGAUCUCAUCCCUAAACAGGCCUCCGACUCUCCAGAUCCUGCUGACGAACACCAAGGUCCCACGAAGCACCAAGGCUCUUGUGGCUGGCGUCAGGAACAGGCUGAUCAAGUUCCCAGAGAUCGUGGGCCCCCUCCUGACCUCGAUAGACGCCGUAUCCCGGAAGUGCGAGCACGUGCUGGCAGAGGUGUUAGCGGCCCCAGCCCUGGAGCAUUAUCUCGUGUUGGAGGAGCUCAUUGACAUGAACCAGCACCAGCUGAAUGCCCUCGGCGUGGGCCACGCCUCUCUGGACCAGCUCUGCCAGGUGACAGCGGCCCACGGACUGCACAGCAAGCUCACUGGCGCAGGCGGCGGUGGCUGUGGCAUCACGCUGCUGAGGCCAGAUCUGGAGCGGGCCAAAGUGGAGGCUGCGAGGCAGGCACUGAUGGACUGCGGGUUCGACUGCUGGGAGACCAGCAUCGGGGCCCCUGGCGUCUCCGUGCACUCGGCCUCUUCCCUGCACGGCCCCGUCUGCCAGGCCCUGGGUGGGCUCUGAGAUGACCGCAGGAUGCUCCAGCCCUACAGAGAAGCUCCUCUCCAGAUUCUUCUGGAUGCAGGCUUCGCCUCCACGUGGACCAGCGCCAUCCGGCUCCUGACACUGAUGCAGAGGCCUCCAGCCCCUGCUCACUGCCCUUCCUCCUAGCUGUGCCUCUUGAGCCCCAGUGGCACAGCUCCCAGGAGGGCCUGAGACUGCAGAUCCAAGAUGAGAGGGGCUUCCUUGACAGCCCCUGAGCUAUCACAGAUCAGUCCAUCUGCACCCUACCUGUGCCAGUCUCCGACUGUGGGGAUGUGGAUCUGGGACCAGCACAGUGUGCCUUCUCUCCCUCUGCCUCCCCAUUUCCACCAGCCUCAGGGCCUCGGGCCCUCCUGCCUCCUCCAGGAAGUCGUCCUGACCCAGCAGUCCACCCCGUCCCUUGACACACCAGCGGUGUGUUGGAGUCAUUCAGCACUGUGUGGCCUGACCUCCCACCUGGCUCUCCCUCCCAGGCCAGUGGCCUUUGCCUUCUGUCCUCAGGCCAAGGCAGGCAGAGUGAAGGGAACAGGGAUGUGGACUGGUCCCCACUGCUGCCCGAGCAGUUUGCAGAAAAGGUGGCAGAUGGGAAUAAAAGGAACUUGCAUAAGCAAA